AUGUUGGACACAGCCAGCAAUGAGAAAUUCCUUAAUCAGGAUGUGGAUGAUGGCUGGCAGCUUGUGGAGAACAUUGCAAACUCCAAUGGAAGCUAUGGAGAAGAGUUUGAUCGCACCAAUCGGAGCUCGACCCACCACUUGAUCGAGUCAGAUGAGAAAUUGAGAAAAGAUGUUAAGGCAUUGAAUGAGAAGUUGGAUAAGCUGAUCUUAGCUCAGUCCACAAUGAAGAAAGUCAACUUUGUGUCUGCUGAAGAGAUGGAACCAGUCCAAGAAGGGGAGGAUACACAAUUUGCUGAGGUGUGCUACAUGAGCAAUGGGCAAGGAGGUUACAACAAAGGAUACUAUAAUUACAAGUCCAACCCAGCCAUGUCAUACCGAAACACUGAUGUUGCUAACCCUCAGGACCAGGUCUAUCCUCAACAACAGCAAGCUCGAUCGAGUCAAGCCCCACAACAUGGGUAUGGUCAAAAGAACAAUUACCAAGGCCCAAGGGACUUUUCCUGCAAGGACAACUACCUGGUAAAGCUAUUCAGAACCCCAAGGAACAGUGCAAGGUCAUCUUCACUCAAGGAGGACUUGAUUGAAGAAGAGGAUCAAGAGAGAGUCAUUGAAGAGUUUUGUUUACUGCUGAAUGAUGAUGAGAUUGUUGCUGCUGAGGCUCCUGGAGUCCAGAUUGAUCAACCAGAAGUGCAGGCACCUACUGUGGCCCUUCACACUUCACCAGUUGAGCUCGCACAACAAGCUCGAUCGAGUCGAAAUCUAGCUCGAUCGAGUCCGACCUCAUCUGUCCCAAAGCCGAUUUUGCUUGAUCCUUACCAACCGGUUGACACUUCCUCGUCUCGCCUACUUAGUCAAGGGCACAAGGAAGUGAUUCACAAGUUCAGAAGAGAUCUCAGUAGGAUUGGAAUUGAGUUGCCUCCUAUGGAAAGCAUGAGUGAGGCAUUUGAUCAAAUGCAAAUGGUCAAAGAUGUUAUGGCCAACAUUGAUAAAGUUUCUGAGGUUCUGAAAAAGUCUAACCAUCAAUUCAACCUGCUUACUUCACCCACUUUCUUACCAAAGGUGAAAAAUUGA